AUGGCAACUCAUAUUGCAGUCUCUGAUAAUAAAUAUUCAGCUGAUUUUGUACAAACAUCAUACCACGUAAGAAUAUUUGCAAACCCUGGACUUCCUCAAAACAAUAUGUCAGUUAACUCAGCAACGGUGCAACUCCAGAAUAUAACUUCAACCGAAGAAAACUCUUCAGAUGACGAUAGUGAUGAAACUAGUGAAUCAUCAUCAGAAUCAGAUUCAGAAUCCGAAAAUGAAAAUGCAAACGGAAAAGUUAGUAAUGUAGUUUUUGAAAAGGAAGCAUCGAAAUUAAAUAAUGUACAAUCACAUGUUGAUAACACAUCACAGGAUUCAGAUGAUGAUUCUGACGAUUCAACAAGCAGUAGUAGUUCUUCAAGUGAAGAUAGUGAUAAAGACUCAGAGGAAGAAGUGGAUUCGGGUGUUACAUCAGAUAUAAGUAGGCAUAUUUCAGAAACAGACACAGAAUACGAUUCAUUCCCCGAACUACGUAAAAUGAAUAAAUACCAAAGAGCAGCGACACAUUCUCGAUUAUUCAAAUUAUUGCAGGGUGAAACCGGCGAUCAGACUGAUGAAGAACCAGAUGAUUCUCUGAAGGAACAAAAAUCUUUGGAACCUCGUUUACGACGUGAUUUUUCAGUACGUAGCGAUUCGACACGAUCUGUGGAUUCUGAAGCAGUAUUUGGCAAACGCGAACAAUUGUCUUUACCACUUCUUUCACAAUAUUCAGGUAGUGAUCCUGAUAGUUUAUCAUCUUCGAGCGGUCUAGCAUCGCCCGCAUCGCCAACCGUCAAUGAACGGUUACUAACCGAAUUAAUUCAGAGCCUUUUGCGCGGUAAAAAAGGCCGAACUCUUCGAAAGUUGCCGAUGGAAAAAUUGCGCGCAGCAGCUUUGCGAAUUUUGCAGGAAGAUAUGGAUCAGUACGAUACAGUGAGUUCGUCGACAACUGAUUCAACGCCAUCCGGAACACCUCAUGAUAUGUAUGGAAAUUACUAUUAUGACUAUAAUAAAUAUUACGAAACGUGGGGAAUGGUAAACUUGGACACAUCAAUAGACGAUUACGACAUAUUACCUUCGAAGGCAUUUAAAGGAUUGCAAGAAAGGGCGAUGGGCAUCAGUAAUAAUGGCCACAUCGGCGGGACGUGGGCCAAGUGUCCGCGAGUGCUAAGCGCCAAAAACAUCGCUCAAGAGAAAAUCAUUGUUAAAGCGAACGAAGAGGUCGUUUGCGGACCCGACAGCAGCGACCGAACCACGAAUAUAACUUCAACCGAAGAAAACUCUUCAGAUGACGAUAGUGAUGAAACUAGUGAAUCAUCAUCAGAAUCAGAUUCAGAAUCCGAAAAUGAAAAUGCAAACGGAAAAGUUAGUAAUGUAGUUUUUGAAAAGGAAGCAUCGAAAUUAAAUAAUGUACAAUCACAUGUUGAUAACACAUCACAGGAUUCAGAUGAUGAUUCUGACGAUUCAACAAGCAGUAGUAGUUCUUCAAGUGAAGAUAGUGAUAAAGACUCAGAGGAAGAAGUGGAUUCGGGUGUUACAUCAGAUAUAAGUAGGCAUAUUUCAGAAACAGACACAGAAUACGAUUCAUUCCCCGAACUACGUAAAAUGAAUAAAUACCAAAGAGCAGCGACACAUUCUCGAUUAUUCAAAUUAUUGCAGGGUGAAACCGGCGAUCAGACUGAUGAAGAACCAGAUGAUUCUCUGAAGGAACAAAAAUCUUUGGAACCUCGUUUACGACGUGAUUUUUCAGUACGUAGCGAUUCGACACGAUCUGUGGAUUCUGAAGCAGUAUUUGGCAAACGCGAACAAUUGUCUUUACCACUUCUUUCACAAUAUUCAGGUAGUGAUCCUGAUAGUUUAUCAUCUUCGAGCGGUCUAGCAUCGCCCGCAUCGCCAACCGUCAAUGAACGGUUACUAACCGAAUUAAUUCAGAGCCUUUUGCGCGGUAAAAAAGGCCGAACUCUUCGAAAGUUGCCGAUGGAAAAAUUGCGCGCAGCAGCUUUGCGAAUUUUGCAGGAAGAUAUGGAUCAGUACGAUACAGUGAGUUCGUCGACAACUGAUUCAACGCCAUCCGGAACACCUCAUGAUAUGUAUGGAAAUUACUAUUAUGACUAUAAUAAAUAUUACGAAACGUGGGGAAUGGUAAACUUGGACACAUCAAUAGACGAUUACGACAUAUUACCUUCGAAGGCAUUUAAAGGAUUGCAAGAAAGGGCGAUGGGCAUCAGUAAUAAUGGCCACAUCGGCGGGACGUGGGCCAAGUGUCCGCGAGUGCUAAGCGCCAAAAACAUCGCUCAAGAGAAAAUCAUUGUUAAAGCGAACGAAGAGGUCGUUUGCGGACCCGACAGCAGCGACCGAACCACGUGA